CUCGUGCACAAGUGCCAAAAUCAGGUGAUUCAAAAAUGAAAAGCAGUGUUGUCAUCCCAGGACAUCGAACGAUAGGCAAUUGCCGUUAUACUCCGAGAUAAUCAGGGGUCACACGCUAUAGACCGUAUUUUGAGCUUGGAAAGGAUCUUGCUACGGACUUUUACUGUGUUCUUAGGUAACGAAAGUGUAGCAUAAUAUUGCGAGGAUGGCCACCACUGCUCUGCGUUAUUGUGACAAAGUUGCCAUCGUUACAGGAGGCUCAAGAGGGAUUGGAAGAGGGAUUGUUAAAGUUUUCGUGGAAAACGGAGCCAAGGUUGUUUUCUGUGCCAAGGAGGAGGCUGGCAGUGAAGGAAAGGCCCUGGAGGCUGAAUUAAUCAAGAAAGGACCUGGAACUUGCCUAUUUGUAUCCUGUGAUAUGUCAAAGGAGGAUGACAUUAAGCAUUUGAUUGCAGAAACUGUUAAACACUUUGGGCAGAUAGACUGUUUGGUGAACAAUGCAGGAUGGCACCCUCCACACAAGCCCACAGAUGACACCACAGCAGAUGAGUUCAGAGACCUUCUCAACUUAAAUCUCAUUGGUUACUUCCUGGCUUCCAAGUAUGCUCUGCCCUUCCUACGACAAAGGCAAGGCAACAUCAUAAACGUGGCGAGCCUAGUGGCCUCCAUUGGACAGAAGCAUGCGGUACCUUAUGUAGCCACCAAGGGGGCAGUCUUAGCCAUGACUAAAGCCAUGGCUGUUGAUGAGAGCCGCUACCAUGUCCGAGUCAACUGCAUCUCUCCUGGUAACGUGAUGACUCCUUUGUGGGGGGAGCUUGCUGCCAAGACAGAGGAUGCAGCGCGUACUAUUAAAGAAGGAGAGAAUGCACAGCUCUUGGGUCGGAUGGGGACAGAGGCUGAGAGUGGACUGGCUGCCCUGUUCUUGGCUGCAGAUGCUACUUUCUGCACGGGGAUCGACUUGCCUCUCAGUGGGGGGGCUGAGCUUAACUAUGGCUUCAAGAGUCAGCUGGCCCACCCAUAAGUGGCUAUAUACAGCUCUUCACCCAAAACCUGCAGCCUCUGCUUCAGGUCACAGUUAAUAUGGUCUUUACUGACAUGUUGACUGUUUUAUUUAGUUUUAUUUACACUCAGGGAAUAAGAAGUGUAAGUGAUGACACAGCCCGUAUGCCUGCUUAAGCACACUGUGAUUGCCAUGUCAUGAUUCCACUGUGAUUCUAUUCUUGUCUGGAUGUAGAAUGGGAGGGAAAUGGUUAACUGAUGAUCAUUACAGCUUAUAUUGUACACAAUUAAUAUCUAACAAUUAAUUCCUUUUAAUGUUGUCUACUAUCAAUUUUUAAAUCUUGUUUUAAUACUUGUUACAUUUAAUUCUAGUUGGAAUUAUGCACUAUGCACUCAUAGUCUGUUGUAUUAAUUAUAUUAAUAAAAAAGGCACAGGUCUGCUGUGUUCCCUGGAUGUUCA